AUGGAGGAAUUUCAAGAUUGUACUUCCAACAGGAAAUACAAGGCGGAGAUUACAAGGCUAACGGAACACCUGGAGGAGGCUCCCUUCCGUGACAUAACAGCGACAAUUCUGGAAGCGUCUGCCAAAGUCCUCGGUUUUUCGCAGAAGUCGAAAAGCCUAAAGGGAACCCAUGUAAAGGUCCUCAGAGACGCUGCCGCAGCCAUAACAGCAGGAGCAAAUGUCCUGGCCAUGCAAAUGGCACAGGACAAAUGCGGAUGCAAUCUGGACCUAAUAGAAGAACUGCGGACGGAAAAUGUAGGUCUGAAGACGUCGCUGAAGGAGGUCAGAAAAGAAUUAGAGGAGGUAAAGGAAAUGCUUCGAGGUAUACGGGAGGCACCGCUGCAAGUAGCGGUAUCCUCCCCGCCCUCGAAGCAGCCAGGAAACGCGGACCAGAGUUUAAAGAAAGCACAACUACACAUGGCGGGUGCUCCCUCGCCCCUGGUCCGCGUAGAGAAGGAAAGGGCGAUCACCCCACCUAUGGUGGACAUGAUGGAGGAGGAGGAGAUCCCAGUUGGAGUAAUAGAAGUCCAGAAAGGAUUGAUCCCGAGAGAAAAGAGACGCCCGAUAAAGGAAGCCAGGGUCGCAAAAGCAGCAGAGGCAGGCCCCAAAAUUAGGGAGGAUAUCCUACUUAACAAAAAAGUAAGGCUAGAAAGGAAGAAGGAAGAGCCAACGAAGAAAGGGCUAGAAGAGGAAGUAUCCAAAAUGGUGUUUAAAGCCCUAAAUAAGUGGUCAUCGCAAGAGAAGGAAACUCCCAAACGAGGGGCCAGGAAGGGCAACAAAGAAAGUAAAGGAAAAGAAAUGGAGAAAGAGUCGGUACCACACGAAGGAAACAAAUACAUGCAGGAGUACCCUCAGUUGCCACCCACAAGAGCACAAAGGAGAGAGCAUCAAGAGCAAAUUGAAAAGGAGGGAGCACCCACAUCACAGGGAGAAAAGUGGUCCAAGAUCAAGACCAGAAUGGGGGCUACCGGAGCCCUGAUACUCGAGAUACCGGGAGAGGAAAGGGGAAAGCAGGCGGACUUACUGGCGGAAAAACUAAAGGAGGUUUUGACUGACAGAGCCAAAGUCAGUAGGCCGCAAAAGAUGGGAGAGCUGCGAAUUAAAGGGAUGGAGAUUUCAACCACGGAGAGUGAAGCAGCGGAGGUAGUGGCGAGAGUGGGAGGAUGUAGAGUAGGAGAGGUCAAGACCGCGAAAAUGAGGGAGGCGUGGAAUAGAUAUAGAACGCUAUGGGUACAAUGCCCCCUCGCGGCGGCGAAGAAAGUUGCCGAAUUAGGCAACAUUAAAAUAGGUUGGACGCAGACCAAAGUAGAACUUCUACAGGCAAGGGCCCUUCAAUGUUUUAAAUGCUUGGAAAGAGGGCACGUGCAGAUUAAUUGCACAAGUAACAGCGAUAGAAGAGCCAACUGUUAUAGAUGCGGAGAACCCGGACACCUGGCUCGGGACUGUAGUUCAAGAGCCAGGUGUCAAAUCUGUGAGGAGGCCGGUGUCAAAUCAGGACAUAGAAUGGGGGGACCAUCCUGCCGUUCCCCCAAGGGAAAGAAGAAAAUCUCUGGGGAUGCGGUGGAAGGGGGGAACCUGCACCGCGCCCGCCAAGCGCUCCCUUUGUUUGAGCACACGAUGACGGAGCGCGGUGCAGGAUUGGGUAUAGCGGCAGAGCCCCAUCAUGUCCCCAGGAACCAUAGAUGGUUCGGGGAUGAAGGGGGCUCUGUCGCUAUAGUUUGGAAGGCGAGUAAUAACUCACCCCCCGCGAAAUACGUGGAUCGCGGUAGGGGUUUCGUUGUGGCCAGGUGGGGAGUCGUCACCGUGGUCGGGGUGUACCUCCCCCCAGAAAAGAGCCUGGGCUUGGUUGAGUACAAGUCCAGGCUCCAAGAAAUGGGAGAUGUCAUCAAGAGACAUCUCCCGGGUCCUGUCAUCGUUGCCGGCGAUUUUAACGCCAAGUCGGAGCUAUGGGGCUCCCGGCGCGAUGACAGGAGGGGGGAGGUAACAGCGGAUUGGGCCGUGGGCCUAGGUCUGCACAUUAUGAAUGAUGGAAAAAAAUUUACGUUCGUGGGGUCGAGGGGGGAGUCUAUUAUCGACCUGUCUUGGGCAACCCCCUCGGCCCUGCGAAGGGUGCGGACCUGGAGGGUGGCGGAAGAGCUAGAAUCACUGUCUGACCAUCUCAUAAUAGAGAUGGAGCUCUCCGUCACUCCCGAUGGCCUACGGCCCCGCAAUACGGACGGACCCCGGCCCGGUAGAUGGGCACUAGCCCAGUUAAACAGGGAAGACCUUGAGAUCUCCCUCAUGGGCUCCACCUGGCCACAAUGGAAGGACGGGCAGGACCUUGACUCUGAGGUCAUGGAGGUUAUGCAGGUUCUCGCACUCGCGUGUGAUGCCUCCAUGCCCAGAGUCAGGGCCUGCCCAAAACGAUGCGCCUGGUGGUGGACCGACCAAAUUGCCGCGUUGCGGCGGAGGUCGGUCCACCUCAGGCGCGCGUUCCGAGCAGUGCGUAGGGACGCGGACCCUGAGGUCACUCUGGCCGCCCGGCGGGAGUUCUGCGCAGCCGCGAAAGAACUCCGGAACGCCAUAGGGGUGGCCAGAGGAAAGGAGUGGGACGACCUCCUCCUUUCGCUAGACGCGGAUCCGUGGGGGCGCCCAUACAGGAUGGUCAUGCAAAAGCUGAGACCAUGGGCGCCCCCUUUGACGGAGACGCUCGACUCCCGGUUCCUGGGACGGGUGAUGGGGACCCUAUUCCCGGUUGAGGGGGACAACCCCAUCACCCCGUAUGUAACCCCAUCCCCGAACAUCAGGGGGAGGUUCCGGAAGUCACCGAGGAGGAGGUGGCCGAGGCUACCAGGCGGGUCAAGAGCAGGAAAGCUCCGGGACCCGAUGGUAUCCCCGGCCGUGUCCUCACCCUGGCCUCAGGGUAUAUGA